AGAGUCUCUCUGUGGCAGCCCAGUCCCCUAAUCCCAGCGAGAGUCGGAACCAGAGAGGUCCCCACUCCCGUCCCCCAGGAGGCCGUCUCCACCUCUACCUUCUGAGGAGGGAGAGGGCAUCCGCUCUUCUGAAGACGGAAGGGUGGUGAGAACGGUACCGUCUCCCGGGGAGGACUGGUUCGGGCUCACCUGUGGCUGCUGGGCCCCCCCAGGUUUGAGGGCAGCUUCUCUCCCCCCUGGAGGAAAGGAUGUGUUGGAAGCCCCUGCUGCUCCUGCUGCUGUGCUGCGAUGCCCAGGCCACUGUGCCCCACAGGUGGAGCAGGGCUGUGCUCUUCCCUGCAGCCCACCGGCCGAAGAGGUCCUCCUCCAUGGCCUUGAACCCUGUCCUGCAGAACUCCCUGGAGGAAGUAGAGCUGCUCUAUGAGUUCCUGCUAGCUGAACUUGAGAUCGGCCCUGACCUGGAGAUCUCCAUCAAGGACGAGGAGCUUGCCUCCUUGCGGAAGGCCUCGGACUUCCGCACCGUCUGCAACGACGUGAUCCCCAAGCGCAUCCCCGACAUCCGCCGGCUGAGCGCCCACCUCUCCAGCCACCCCGGCGUCCUCAAGAAAGAGGACUUUGAAAGGACAGCGCUCACCCUGGCCUACGCGGCCUACCGCACAGCCCUGUCCCAAGGGCAUCAGAAGGACAUCUGGGCCCAGGCCCUCCUCAGCCUUUUCCAGGCCCUGAGGCAAGACCUGGUGCGGUCCUCAGGCUCCAGACUGUCUCCCUGAGGGACCCGCCCGCAGCCGGACUGCCCAGCAGGGCCCAGCACGCGCUGCAAUCCAGAAAUUCCUCAUUCUCCACUCCAUUUACAGAGGCCGGCCUCAAAGCACCCGCCUCCGCCUCAGAGCGGCAGAGAUAAAAUAAUGAAGCCCCGUGUUCUUUACCCACGUAGCGUCCUGACAAGCACACCCGACUCAUGUCGUACUGGGGACCUGGGCCGGAAGAAAGGGCUGGAGUGAGUGGUCAUUCUGGAUGUCCCCAGAGGCCAAACGGUUUGCCUGGCGACAUGCAGAGUCUCAGAUACACACUUUGACACUGAGUGGCUGCCACAAACACGCAAGAGGGAGGACGGAGCUGGAGCAAAUCACAGAGGUUCGAGCACAGUGGAGAGACGGGCGACAGAUUUCUUUGGUCCUGAGAGGUCAGGGUGCUGGGUGGAAUGAACAUCUUUCCGGAGGUUCUAUAGUAAGAUACACAGGAGCUAGAGCUGCAACCAAGCAAAUACAUUGUUAGCCAGGGACCUACUCCUCAACUUUUCUAAAGGUCGCCAAGAAGAAUCAGGUAGAACGUUGGUGAUUGUAUGAUCCCCAUGUCCUGUGUCUUCCUAUGUGAAGGCCGGUCCACUACACAAAGGCCAGCCCAGUCUUUUGAAUGGAGAAGCCGAGCUAAUGCAGAGAGGGUCCUCCUCCCAAAGCAGGGCCUUGCCCUUCUGUCAUAACGCCCAAAUUGUUUAGUAUCAUCAGAGAAUUACGCACUCCCAAUAAAAAUGAUUUUCAGAUGACAGAUUUUUACCCUCUCAAAUGCCAAUUUUUCAUCUUAGCGAUAAUGACUUGAUAUCUUUGAAAACUACGCGCAAGAAAUGCCUUAAGCUUGUAUUUGGUGUCUGUGAACCACUGAAAUGAAGGAGCUGGAUAAGAUCAUUUCUAAGACUCUUUGACUUCUGAGGUUUUCACCGUGAUUGAACUACCUGGGAGGUGUUGCAGGGAGGAUCCCCGGACCCGAGAGGUCUGCCAGACUAUUUGUAGCAACCCUGGAAGCCCCCAGCCUUGGCUAAUUCUGCCCUGGGGGUGAGUUCUUCUGCUGCCUUCCUCGCCAUCCGGCUUACAAGAGUGCACUUUUCUUGCCCUUUGCUUUUUGCCUGUUGCCCUUUGCUUUUUAUUCUAUGCUGAAUAAGAGUUACUAGAUGAAGACCUCUGUUAGGAGUGAAGUGCCUGGGUUCUAAUAAAGAUCCCUCACUGCUCUGGCCAGUGUGGCUCAGGUGGUCGGAGUGUCAUCCUGUAACUGAAAGGUUGUGGGUUCAAUCCCUGGUGCAGGUGCACAUGGGAGGCAACCAGUUGAUGCUUCUCUCUCGCAUCAAUGUUUCUCUCUCUCUCUCUCUUCUCUUCUUUCUAAAAGCAAUGAAAAAAAUGUCCGUGGGUGAUGAUAAAAAAAUUUUUUUUAAAGAUUCCUCACUAGCUCAGAGAUCUUUCUGGCUUCUCCUAGGUUUACGGCCUGGUCCAAGAGGCUAAUGUCACAAGUAGUCUGAUCUUUGAAUGAGUGAGGAUUCACUGGGCUCAUCUUGAUUUUGAAACAGGUAUUUAACAGUGAUCAUUGGAUGAUGGCAAAAGCUGGCCUGGACUUCUGUAAAAUCUUUGAACAAGUGAGCUCGGCUCAGCAGCACUAGCUGCGGGGUCUUUCUGGAGAAACACUGGAAUACUAGGAAAACACAGCUUUGCAUCCUGACGUUCUCAGGCUUUAGACGAUUCAUAACACGCUCUCAUUUAUUCCCGAAUCAAACUGCUCAUGUACCUCCCUCCACUGCAGGCUGAUACAUGCUUUUUGCUCAGCUCUUUUCUUUCUAAUGUUACCUGUUCUCUUUGAUGGUCACAAUGCUGGUCUCCCUCUGUUUUUUCAAGUGUUAGUUCGUGUCUCUGCACUCUCUCUCGGGGCCUGAUUCUGCUUAUCUUUGCAUCCGUUUCUUGAAGCCGCUCCAAGUGUCUGGUGACUGACAUCUGCCGGCCCGCAUCCAUGCUCUGAGCUCACUGGCUUUCCGUCUCCCUUGGGCAUCACUGUCAGGCUAGAACAAAGGUCAACGUGGAGACACAGCUGGGAUUGCCCAGAAGGCAGACUGGCCUCGCAAUCUGCCUUCGCCGUUUGUACUUGUCCUUGCUGGGAAGUGGUGAGGGGGUCAGCAGAGGCCUCAGUCCCUAGACACUGGACAAUAAACACCCGGACAGCCAGUCCUGCACUCCACCCUGGGACCCCACCCCACUGGAAGGGGUCUGAGAGCCUGCAGUCACCAGCUGGAAAGACCCACCCUGUGGUCCCUGGUCCCGAUGCCCUGAGAUGCAUGGCUGCUCCCAGUGAUGGGAGAUCCAUGAAUGGCGGGGAAGGUUCCCAGGCCAGGGACAGCAAUCGUGGUUCAUUCACCCUAUAAUGAAAAAUUAAAGGCACUUUUGUAUUCGUAAACCAAAGCCCACAUUUAUGUGGUAAUUCAUGAUGGAAAAAACAGAAACAAGAAAGGCAUGACUUUUUUUAAAGACAAAUGAGAAUUUCAAUUUCAGUGACUAGAUACUUUAAUAACACUAUUUUAGUCUGACUACAAAUUAAUCGUUUACCCACAAAAAGUCUUAUAACAAUGACUUUAUUUACAUGCAAAAUCAAAUAGCGUGCUCACAAUUGCCACCCAAAAACCCGCCUCUCUGUCCAAUGAACAGGAAGGGAGAAGCCUGGACAGAAAUAGAAUCUUCCAUUUUGCCUCCUGAAUGCCACUCUGUACAUAACACAAUCACAACAAAGUCACAUGUCAUAUUUACUCACAAACAGAGUAAUUUUGGAUGUGAUGUUUGUAGUGGAUUGCUGGGAAAUCCUCGAAUCCUGGGAAUCCUAACGGGGAACCAAUUCUGCCAUGUCUAUAUUGCUGGGAAAUUCGAGGAUCUAGAAAUUCUGGAAGUUCCCUCUAAAGCUGGCGUCCUCAAGGUUACCUCUGAUGGCACUCAAAAGAGACACUGAAAAACAUCCAUGUGCCGAAACUUUCAUCGCUCUGUCGCCUCACCUUGAAUCUCACUGAAAGGGAAUCAAUUAAGUGGCAGAUCAGCCAGAAGGUAUUUCCACAGGUAAACUGAUCUGAAAUCAAAUACUCAUUCGAUGACUUCACACAGUACCCCUUACUUUCCUAAACCAUGUUCGUGUCUUACUCUUUUUACUGUAGUAAAUGCACUCUCACGCACACACACACACAAUGUAAAUUUACCAUCGAGCCAUUUGUAGGUGUGCAGUGGUGUUACUUAUAUGCACAUCACCCCGUGACAGAUCUCUGGAACUUCUUCAUCCUGGACACAUGGCACCUAUGGGACAGGAACUCCCCUUGUCCCUGUCCCCGCCCCCCCAGCCCCAGGCAACUACCGUUCCGUGUUCUGUUUCUAAGAGUUUGACUAUUUUCAACACCUCCUCUAAAUGGUAUUUGCCUCCCAUUUCUUAAGCUUUGCCCUCUAGAGAAUGUUUUCUUCAUCUGAGAAGUGGACAAAGUUCUGAAGAACUACUGGCCUGACUGUGUCAUUCACUUUACCUAAUUUUAUUGAACAAAUGUUUGCUGAUGGUGGAAUAAAUAUGUCAUGAUGGA